AUGCAAACACAAAGCCUUCUCGCAGCGGCCACCGCACUAGCCCUCCUUUCCGACGUCGCUCUCGCCUGGACCGAGAAAUGCAUCAUCACCAUCCGCAAGAACGAUCCUGCGCUAGGAAAGCACACCUUGUAUGAUAUGGUCAGCCUGCCACCGGACUCAGACUACACGUUUGGAAAGUUUCCCCCCGCCACGGCCGGGGUCACCAUUGGCGUCGACGAUACCUGCCGAGCGGGCCUCGUCGUGGGUGAUUUGAACCCACCUUAUGACUACAGAGGCAUGGAGAAUCCGUUUUAUGGCUUGACUGGCGUGGAAUUGGUACGGCAGCUACAUGAUUGGAGGGAGAACCCCGAAAACGUCAUAAACUUUUCCUUGUGGUGA